GGUAUGGAAGCUUUGAGAAGGUUUCAAAUAACCUGAGAAGGUAUGGAAGCUUUGAGAAGGUUUCAAAUAACCUGAGAAGACUGAUGAUGUUACCAGUGCUGGGCAUGUCCUUUUUGGCCCUGGUCCUAUCAGGAGGAGCCUGGGCAUUUGCUCCCAUUGGGGGCGGAGCUUCCACCCACGUCAGCAUCACGGGAGCGGCCGUUCUACAGAAGGUCACAGAGGUGUGCCGAGCCAUCGCCGAGUCAGAGGGACGAGACUUUACCCCCACGGGUAACUCUGCUGAGGAGCUGGUCCAGGCCUGCCUGGGACCCAAAGCAACAGGUGAAGUGUCAGCAGCUAAGUUCAAAUCUGCCCUGAAUGAGAUCUACAUACAGAACGGACAGGUGGACAGAGACUUUGUCAACAGCCCAGCCCAUCACUUCAACUCAGAGGCGUUUGCUGAGGGCCGGCGCCUUAUAACUGAUGGGGUGGCCAGCAUCAAGGCCAACGUACAAAUGGAGAACUUCCAGGCUGCCAGAGAGACACUGGGGAGAGUACUACACACACUACAGGACUUCUACAGCCACAGUAACUGGGUGGACCUGGGAUACACUGAACCCUACGCCAACCUGAUCCGCCCCGAUCUCCCACUGGAAAACCUGGCAGAUGUCAGCACCCCGACCUGCAGUGACUGUGUCAGUGGGGGGUUCUGUUCAAACUCCAUCCUUCCUAACAUCCUUAAUGAGAAGAAACUCACCUCUGGGUACAUGGGGAUCUUCUCCGCAGCUAAGCCUAAAGGUAAGUGUAGUCAUGGAGGUGCAGCUGACCUGACCAGCUCUGAGGUUCCUCGCGGGGGCAUCAGCAAGGAUGAGCGUCGCUCUGACAACGUGGCCCUGCACACUGCUGCUGUCACCGUGGCAACGACCGCAACCCUCCGGCUGCUGGACGACAUCCGGGGAGCCGCCGGUGACAACGACUACCUACGCUUCAUGGGCAUAGCGCGAUCGGCAGUGGUUGCUUUUGUGAUCGACACCACAGGGAGCAUGAGGGAUGAUAUCCUUGAAGCCAAGAGUGUUGUCAAUGAGAUCAUCGACAGCAGAAAGGGAACACAGGAUGAGCCCUCCCAGUACAUCCUGGUCCCAUUCAACGAUCCAGAGUUCGGACCCCUGAUAAGAACGACAAACCCUGAUGUUAUGAAAACAGAGAUUGCUAAACUCAAUGCUGAUGGAGGUGGAGACCUCCCUGAGAUGUGCUUAUCAGGUCUACAGUUGGCGCUGACCGGUGCCCCUGCGUCGUCCCACAUCUUUGUUUUCACAGAUGCCAUUGCCAAGGACAUUGCGUUAGGGGACACCAUCUUGGCCCUGAUCAGGAGCACCAAGUCAACCGUGUCUUUCUUCAUGACUGGUGCUGGUGCUGGUGCUAGAAGGAGGAGAAGUGGAGUAGAGUCCAGGGCAGCUACAUUCGAGACCUACAAGGACCUGGCGCUGGCGUCUGGUGGUCAGGCCAUUGGAGUCACCAAGGAAAAUCUGCCCCAGGCCACUGACAUCAUCAUCGACUCCUCCACCUCCGCUCUGGUGACAGUCCUACAGCGAGCGAGGAACCCAGGCAAAGCUGAGACAUUCUCCUUCCUGCUGGACGAGUCUCUGAACAACAUCACCAUCUACAUCACUGGAAAGUCCCUCACCUUCACCCUGAAGAACCCUGCAGGUGUGACCCAGAAACAGAAUGAGGUCAACGGGGAACUGGGGACUGUCCAGACGGUGGGCAACCUCUUCCGGGUCCGUCUGGCCUCCAACAAACAGACAGGAUUAUGGGAAAUCAGCAUGAACUCCAACCAGCCCUACACACUGAAGGUCACUGGUCAGAGUACCAUUGCCUUCAUUUAUGACUUUGUGGAGACCUUCGAGGGACCUCACCCAGGAUAUGCCCUCAUCUCUGGCCGUCCAAAAGCAGGUAUGCCUGCCAUGCUGUUGGUAUCCGUGUUGGGCAGAAAGGACCCAGCCUCUGUCAAGGUGGCCAACGUUGCCUUGGUGACCGUGUCAGGGUUAGAGGUCGUAGGCGGUACCUUGGAAGACAUGGGCAAUGGAGACUUCCUAGUUACGGUAACCAAGGUCCCUGCGGGGGAGUUUGUGGUGCUGUUGAACGGGACAGACGUGGUCUCCUCCACCGUGUUCCAGAGACAGUCCACCACUCAGAUGUCUGUCUCCAAGGUUACCAUCAAGGCCGUGGUGGACAGAAGCAUGGAGCCUGGUAAAACCUUCACCCUUCCCUUCACCGUCAUGACCGACGCCACUGGAGGCAGCUACAAAAUCAGUGCCAGAAACGACAGAGACUUCAAAAUGAACGUCCCUGGCAGCAUCGCUGUGACCACCGGAGGAAACGCCACCGGUGAACUGACCAUCACGGUGCCCGCCAACACCCCUCAGGAACAGACGUCACCCUGACCAUCGAGGCUGUGGCCCCCGGGGCGUCCGACUCCAACUACGCCGUCCUGCGCCUCUCUGUCGUCACCAAGGUGACAGAUUUCACCCCUCCCCAGUGUGAGGUGGUCAGUGUCUCAUCGGUCGACUGCCCAGCUGACCCAGCAUUCUGCAGCUCUGCCU